GCGGGUUCUCUUGUUUGACAAAUAUCUAUGGUUUGACAUAGUUUAUUAAAUAUGAUUAAAUCGAAGCCUUUUGUGAAGAAACCCAAAAGAGGAGCACCUAACAGAAUUGUUGGAGAGCACUAUCUUAGAGAUGAUAUUUUGUGUGGUAGCGUUGCUUGUUCUGAAUGUCCCGAAUUGAGCACGUGUUUGGAACCUCAGCCGGAAAGUUUAUGUGAGUUGUACCAGAAUGACCACUACAUUAUUCCCGACACUAAUGUCCUCAUUCAUCAAAUUGAUGUUCUCACUGAACCUGUUUUUAAAAAUGUAAUUAUAUUACAAACUGUCAUGGAAGAAAUGCUUCAUAGGAAUUCUCCUGCAUAUAAUCGCCUUAGAGAAGUACUUUCGAAUUCUGAUCGUCAUUUUUAUGCAUUCAUAAACGAGCAUCACAGAGAUACAUUCACAAAACGUCAACCUGGAGAAACACCAAAUGAUCGAAAUGACAGAGCCAUACGAAAUGCCACUAAAUGGUAUCAGAAGCAUUUAAAACUAUCAGCUGCAGCUAAACAUAUUGAAGUACUGUUACUUACAAAUGACAGAGAAAAUCUGAGAAAAGCCGAAGAAGAAGGAAUUAGUGCAUUCACUUUUGCAGAUUAUGUGAAAAGUAUGAAAAAAUAUCCCACACUUAUAGAUAAACUAUCUCAAAUUAAUGUGCAUUCAAAAAAUGAUGGGGAAGAAUUCCUUAAUUCCAAAGAAGGCUACAUUUAUCCAGAACAUUUAAAACUUUCUGUAAUUCAAGAAGGCUUAAAAACAGGAAAAAUUACUCAAGGAAAAUUUCAAGCUAGCAGAGAAAAUUAUUUGGAAGGAUUUGUUUUUGUUGGAGGGGAAGACGAAUCUGACCCAAAAACUAUUUUUAUUCAGGGUCGGAAAAAUUUAAAUCGAGCAGUUCAUGGAGAUGUUGUUGCCAUCAAAAUACUUCCUGAAGAAGAAUGGACUUGUCCAUCAUCGCUUGUUCUUGAAGAUAAGACAACAAAUCCAGAAGAAGUAGAAGAUCCUGAAAACGAACAUGUAUUGAAGAAGAAAAAACACAAAACAGUCAUAUCUGGGGCAGUAGUUGGAAUCAUUAAAAGAAAUUGGAGGUCAUACUGUGGCAUCUUGCAACCUCCAAGUAUUAAGGGACAAUCAAUAAUCAAUUUUCUAUUUGUGCCCUCUGAGCGCAGAAUUCCAAAAAUUCGAAUUCAAACAAGACAAGCCGAAAAACUGCUCUCACAGCGUAUUAUUGUAUGGAUUGAUAACUGGAGAAGAGAUUCAAAAUAUCCUGAAGGGCAUUAUGUCAAAAGUCUUGGAGAGAUUGGAGAAAAGGAUACUGAAAAUCAAGUUCUUCUUGUAGAGCAUGAUAUCCCCCAUCAGCCAUUUUCAAAAGCAGUCCUAGAGUGUCUUCCAAAAGUGCCAUGGAUUAUAACAGAACAGGAUGUCGCUGUGAGGAAAGAUUUACGUCAUAUUGCAAUUUGCAGUGUAGAUCCACCUGGCUGUACUGAUAUCGACGAUGCUCUUCAUUGCAGAAAGUUGGAAAAUGGCAAUUUGGAAGUUGGUGUUCACAUUGCAGAUGUUUCUCAUUUUAUCAGACCAGGAACUGCAAUUGAUAUUGAGGCUGCAAUGCGUGGAACCACAGUAUAUUUAGUAGAUAAGAGAAUUGAUAUGGUUCCAGAACUACUAAGUUCUAACUUAUGUUCUCUAAGAGGCAAUGAAGAAAGGUUUGCAUUUACUGUUAUUUGGGAAAUGACAUCGGAAGCAAAAAUUCUACGGACGUCUUUCUUUAAAUCAAUUAUAAAAUCAAAAGCUGCUUUGACGUAUGCAGAAGCCCAAAUGAGAAUUGACGACAAAUCUAUGAAUGAUGAGAUUACAGUUAGCCUUCGACUUCUUAACAGCCUUGCUAAGAUAUUGAAAAAACAGAGAGUUGACAAUGGAGCUCUUACUCUUGCAUCAACAGAAAUUAGAUUUGCAAUGGACUCAGAAACUCAUGAUCCAAUUGACGUUGAAAAGAAAGAACUAAAAGAGACAAAUUCAAUGGUGGAAGAAUUUAUGUUGUUAGCCAAUAUUUCCACUGCUAAAAGAAUUCUUGAAGAAUUUCCUGACUGUGCUUUACUUCGUCGGCAUCCUGCUCCUGCUAUAUCGAAUUUUGAAUCACUUAUUAAAGCAGCUGCCUCGAAAGGCUUCAAUAUUGAAGUGGAGUCUGGAAAAGCAUUAGCAGAAUCUCUAGAUGCUGCAGUGUUGGGAGACAAUCUUUACUUUAACACCAUGUUGAGAAUGGUGGCUACGAGAUGUAUGGCGCAAGCCCUAUAUUUUAGCAGUGGAAUGUUGCCUCAGUCUGAUUAUUUUCAUUAUGGUUUGGCUGUUCCCAUUUACACACAUUUCACUUCACCAAUUAGAAGGUAUUCUGAUGUAAUAGUUCAUCGCUUAUUAGCAGUUGCCAUUGGAGCAGAUGUUACAUACCCAGACCUUGUUGAUAAGAAAAAAACGCAGGAACUUUGUAACAACUUAAACUAUCGCCAUAAACAAGCACAGUACUGUGGAAGAGCAUCAGUGAAUCUUUACACUCAUAUAUUCUUCAAAGACAAAGUUGUUGAAGAAGAAGGAUACAUACUAUUCAUUCGUGAAAAUGCUCUACAAAUACUUCUGCCUCGUUUUGGUCUUGAAUGCACCCUUUAUUUGAGCUCGUUGAAUAAGGAGAAUGAUCAAGUUGCUUUUGAAUAUGAUCCUGAAGAGCCUUCUCAAACAGCUAGUGGAAUAAAACUAACACAGUUUGAUCCUGUUACAAUACAACUACACAUAGAUAAAAGUAAUGUACAACAUCAGAAAACAGUACUCAAACUUGUCAAACCUUAUAUUCCUGGAUUCAGUGUCCGGUCUUUAAGUGCUGAGCCACCUUCCAAAAAAUGUAAAACUGUAAAUACAUCAUAAUGUCAAUUAAAUUAUUUUAUCUAAA